GGUCCAACAACUUGGAAGACUCUGACAAGACAUUGCAAGCAUUUUUCGGUGGAUGCUUCUCGGCCGGUCCUCAGAAUUGUCGUUUCUAUGCAGGUAGUCUGAAAGCCAUAUCCAACAGGCUCGACACUCUGUACGAGAAAAUCCGUACAAAUCCGAUACCAGUGAAACUGGAAUCUUCUUACGGGGUACUGGAUUAUCCUCGUCUCCGUGCGACUAUCUUCCUAUCGAUGUACACCCCACGAACCGCGUACGCCACCCUGGCACAAGCUCUUGCGAACUCGGAGUUGGGCAAUGGAACACUUCUGUUCAACAUGAUGAUGAUGACACCAUUUUACGACAAAUUUGACUGUUCUUGCGACCCUUCAGGGACAGCUUUCGCAUCCUGUCGGAGAUUCAGCUGUGGCCAUUAUGUGUAACGACGGCGCUCCUACUCCCAGAAGCCUGGAAGCUGCCCGAGCUCAUUAUGAUGGAAUGGCAGCAGCGUUUGACUGGGGGAGUAUGUGGGCUGGGCUACGAAUCAGUUGCUCGCGUGUAGUAUCACUAGUAGCUGUUUCAAUCUCAGUCCUAAGUGUUUUCAGGGGAUGGCUUGAGUUACCGAAGAACCAUUUUCAAGGCGAGCCGCCGUCUUCUACAGUUUUUCCAAUCUUAUGUGCCUUUACUCCUUUGGCUGCGGCGGAGCACAUGUCGAAAGGGUUCGCAGGCUCUGUAGUUCUGACUCAAGAUUCACCUGGGCACUGUUCCGUGGCAGCUCUUUCGCUUUGUACUCAACAAUAUAUCCGAGACCACUUUUUCAGUGGGACGCUGCCUGACCCGAGCACAGUAUGUCCUGUGAUGGACAGCCCAUUCCUCAAGGCCACAAGUUUGGAGGAUGAUAAGCAGGCUAUGUUUCUGGCAGAUGAAAGACGCCGUCUAUUUGUGGCUCGAGAACUAACUCGUUCUUUCGGUGCCCCGCGAUGGGGCCCUCUUGCACGUGCCGAAAUAGAACAACAUCUUGGGCAGGGCCAAUACACCAUAUGCUCCGAUCAAUUGACUAACACCAGAAAGAAUCGAGGUAAGGAAAACGUCACCCAUUUUGUGAGGAGUACGGGUUAUGAUUGUUGGCUUGAAUGGCCGCGUCUAAUGCGCUCCUCGUGUUCCAAUCUGCCAGUCGACGUUCGCUAGCAAUCAGCCACAGAAAACGAGUCACAUCUCAUAACUUCAAAUUCAAGUCGCGGGAUGCUUGUUCCGAAGUAUCGACGCAACCCAGUCCUUUCGAGUCACCCCGCUGAAGCCAUAUGGACGCGUGUUUUACCAUGAACC